AUGAGAGGCCGGGCAUGAAGUGCAACCAAUGAUUAUGCAGGAGGAGAGGUGAUAAUGACUUCCUAUCAAGAGUUAACGGCCGAAGGGGAGAGUAGCAGAGGGCUACUCUUCACGGGCUGCUGCUGCCGAGCAAAAGAGGUCAUAAACCCGGACCUGGACGGCAGGACUCAUCCUGAACUCUGCAGUGAUGACGAGAGGAGACUGGAGGUGGAAGAAGUCGCUUCAGGAUUUAAUACUCCGCAUCCCCGGUACUUAACUCUCUCCAACAGUUCUUUGGACAGCCCUCCUCCUCCUCUUCCUCUUCCAGAGACUCUGGAGGGCUUCUCUCCACCGGCCUGCCCCCUCCACUCGUCCCGUGUCCCCUGGCGGUGCAGGUUGCAGCCUGGGCAGGGCUCUCCAGGACGCGGAUCAAACUGCGCGUCAGACGCGCUCCAAUCCGGUUUUGGCGCACUACUAACAGAGCAAAUUUACGCACGUAAUGGCCCCGAGAUGCACGUCGCCACGGGGAGUUCAGCUGGCUCGGACUGUAACGUGCAUGCUCAUGUGGAUGUAAGCAGGAAAACUUUUGAGUGGAUGAGAGUGAAGAGGAGUCAGCACCGGGAGGCCAGGAUGCACAUGACCUGUGGGUUCAGCAUUGUUGGCUCUGGCCUCGGUGCUGUGGAGGCUGCAACAAGCAGCAGCAGCAGCAGCAGCAGCAGCAUCAUGUGCACGGACGGCCAUGCCACGGUGAACGGCACCCCGAGGACCAGCUUCAGCACCAAGCAGCUGACCGAGCUGGAGAAGGAGUUCCACUUCAACAAGUACCUGACUCGAGCCAGGCGCGUGGAGGUGGCGGGUGCCCUGCAGCUCAGCGAGACGCAGGUGAAAGUUUGGUUUCAGAAUAGACGCAUGAAGCAGAAGAAAUUGCAGAGAGACGGGCUUUUACGCACAGACACUCUGGACACCUGCACCAUAUCUCCUGGACCGACCUCUCCAAAAAAACACCUGAACUCCUGAACCCUUUGCAUCAUCACAUGCACGAGCCCUGCAGAUGUUUUGAUUCCAAGUUUGCAUCGGUUUCAAUCAGGCAUCACCUUUAAUUUGCUUACACCGCGAUGGAUGAUUGUCUGUCGCAAAGAAGCGCAAUGGCAAAGUUUCUUCAUGCAAGAACGGGUCAAAACAAUUUGUCAUCCUCUCCUCCUCGGUUCCAGACUGGCGCUGAUUUGAAUAUUAAAAUUCAAAGUCAUCGCAUCGCGCUCUCUAUCUACACAAUGUAAACACGGAAACAAAAUUAUAUUAAUUGAGCAUAGAAAACUGCAGGCAGACUUAUUUGUUUAUUUAUUUUGUGCAAUUUAUCCCAGGAGCUGAUUUUACUUGAAUAUUUAUUCUGCAGGACACGUGUCUCCUAGUUUUGUUUAAAAUAAUCAUUAUUUGUAUUUUUUUUAUUUAAUAGUUUAUUCUAGACAGGAAACACAUUUGUUUUUACAAAUUAUUCCACAAGAUGUGCUUUCUCAAUCAAUUUUAUGGAGAUUUAUUUUUCUAUUUCUUUAAAAAGCUUUUUUUUUUUAUUUUUUUUUAUCUCUGACACAAAAAAGUCACCUGUUUUAGACAAAUCACAUCUUUAACAUUUAAUUAUCAGGCUAAUUUAGCAGAGCUCCAAAUGCUGCUUAUAAUGUUGUGUAUUUUAGUCCGCUUUUAGUUUUUUUUUUCCUCCACGGAAACAUUAAAACACCUAUAAUUAACUGAUGGAUUUAUUGACCGCUCGUAUUAAGCGUAUUGAUCCGUGGUGAUCCAUCUAUUAUGAGGCACAAAUCUGGGGGACUAUUUUGUGUGUCUGCAUGCAUCUGUAACUGCAUGUUAAUGGCAUGUAGAAACACGACGAUCGGGAGUUGUUGGCGUCUUUUUAUUACCGCCAUAUACAUGCAUCAGAAAAUGAUAAUUUAGCUUGAACACUCAUGCGGGAGAGCAGACAAUAACGUGCUGUCUGGGCUGUUUUGCAGAUCAACCAAUAAAUUUGCGCGUGGCCCCCAUGAUGCAGCAGCUCGAGGAGCUGCUAAAUAUUCCUUCCAGAUUCACAUCUCAUCUCAUAAAGUAAAUGAUCGUAUAAAGUCGGCCCCUUUAAACACUGUUAUGUUUUGCGAUGUGUUGCUGUCAUGUUAAUGUCUAUUCUAAUAUCAAGAUAUGAGGCCAUAAGCCGCAUUAAUGCCAUGUGGGGGAAUAUUUUUGUUUAGCUUUCAAUUAGUGGGUGUUUGCACAUGGAUGUUGAAGGAGUGGAUGUUAAUGACGACAACAAAAAGGAUUAAACUUAAAGCAGCUUAAAGGUGUCCUCUUAGAAAUAAAAAACGAGAAUUAAAAUGAAUUAAUUAGGUCCGUUUUAAACAUUUAACAGGUGUUCCUCGUUGGAAUUUGGUGCAAAUAGAAUAAUAUAAUUAUAAGAGAGUUGCAGCUCUGUAUGGCAGACAUGGAGCUAAUGUAUGCAGUUAAACCAGAGUUCACCUCUCACCUCUUGACCUUUGUGUUGCCUCGGGACAAGGAUGACCUCGGUCAGCAGCUCACACAGAGAAACAUGCACCAUUCAUUUCAGAUGACCUCCAAGUUUGAGCUUUCUCUUUUCUUUCGUAUUCUCUUUUUUUCCCCAACAAAUCGGGACGCUUUUGUUCUGGUGGUGGGUCUGUAUGUCCACACCAUAAUAUUUCAUCCAGCUGAAUAGAGGGGCGACUAGGCCAUAUGAUAAUUGUUCAUAUUAUAAUUCCAUACCAAGCCACAUAAUGCUUUUUUUUUUUUUUUUCUUCUACACCUAACCUAAUUUUUGCCCUAUCUCUUAUUUUAAUAAGCCCCAAAAAUAUGCUCCUGGCUCACUUUAUAAACUGGAUGAAAGAGUCUUUUCACCCAAUAGGUUUUUUGGAUAUAAACUACAGUCCUAUUUUUAAUAGCAAAGUUGAAAAAUUAAAGUUACUCGAACACUUAAUAUGAUUCCACGUCCGAGCCGGUACAAACAAAAUUUAGAACAACUAUUCAUAACCCCCUCGCUGCUUAUAUAUUUCAUGCAUAUCUGCUUGAAUAAUUUUGGAAGAAUUUACACAUUAAUCCCCUCGAAACAAUAUGUUUUAUAAUUUCCAUCUCAUUAAUAUCAACUUAAAUAUAGAGGUUCAAACUUAAAGGUCUGCAGAGGAGAAUGUGACAGUGCCAACAUUUUUAAAAGUUUUAUUUGUAAUUGAUACGAAUGAUUUUACAUGCAAGCUAUAGACUAAAAAUGUCUCGUGUCUGGUUUAUUUUAAAUUUGCAUUUAAACAAAAUACACACCAUUAAGGUCGCCUUUCUCUAAACAAAAUAGCACAAAGUGGAAUGAUUAACAAAACCAUCAAAUAUGUCUGUCUUCUUUUGAUGCAAAUAAGAGUGCACUUGUGAAGGUUGUGGGGAUGAUGAUGAGGACAAUGAUGAUGAAACAAUGUGCUCGUGAAUAUAAAAAUGCUCCCUCAUGUCCACAGUUCCAAUACUGAGAAGUGUGUUAUGGUUGACCUUAUUAGAAACUCUUUUAUCAUCUUGUGCAAAUAUGUUCCCUUGCCACAGGGGUUCAAGUUACAGGUUGAAAUGUGCACAGAGAGGAUGCUUGCAGCAGGUGUGCACUCUGACUUUUUUAAAAAAUCCAAACUUACUUCAUCAGAGUUUCUUUCUACUGUAUAAUAUAUUCACUUGGAAGUAUACAACAAUUUAAAAUAGCAGAGAAAUGUGUGGCGGGGAAAAAAGUUAAUGUGAGUUAUAGGGAUGAUGUGAAGGUGAAAAGAAGAGUUGAUUUAUUUUGGGUGAACUAUCACUUUAAUUUCAUUCCGUGGCAGCUUCAGCAUUUGCCUCUCAAUUGAUGAAAGGCGAACUGCAUUGUUUGUUCAGACCUGACAUUUAGUUCGAAAGCAUUUGAGUGUGACUCUACUCUGAUGAAUUUGUGCACUUCUGUAAUUCCUUCCUGAAGAUGUACGGUUGGUUCUUGAGACUGACAGCUGUGCUCUGCUUCCACACGAGCCAACACUUGGCAAAUGGAAGGAAAAUAAAACCAAAAUAACUCAGCUGAAAAUGUAUUACUAGUAACAGUGGUGACAUUGAACAAGUUGGACUUUUCUUCACCUUUAUUUUUCUUUUCCCUUCCUGUACAGCAAUAAUUUACUGAAAUGAAAUUCAUUCCAAAAUGUAUUUAACUCAUUCAUUUAAAUAAAUAAGAAACAUAUUUAUAAUGAAUUGCUCAAACAUUAAUUGUAAAAGUUACCUAUAUGUUUUUUUAUAAAACACACCAAUUGAGAUAUUAAACUAAAACAUGUAUUAGUUCAUCAUCAAUGAGGCUAUUGACCGUCUCCUAUAUUGUCGUCUAUUGCAAGUUAGCUGAUGUGUGCAGCUGUUACAAUCCUCCUGAGGAGCGCUGCGUGGCAUGAGCAAUGAGACGACAUAUGCGGCUUACAGCAUACCUUACACUACAUUUUAAAUUAACACAUGUAAGUGGGCUCCUUCUGAGCUCAUUGUAAUUAAUGCUAAGUUGACCUAAAAUUAACUUAAUGCAUAAUAUGCAUGUAAUAUCCUCACCGGUGCUCAGGGGAGUGAAAUCAAUUGAUCAAGUUAAGCUCUUUCUAACUCUAUGUGAAGCACUUAUAGAUAGCUCAGUUGUUGUUGUAAUUGCACAUCAUUUGAAUGCUCUCCUCCCUUUUUUUAGUUUUUCUGCUCGUCUGAUUUUACUGUUUUUCUUCAUUUGCAAAGACUUUCACGCACUAUUAGUCUUUUUGAUCGGGCUCACUCACAUAUUUGACUACCAAACAAUUUGUGCAUCAAGAAAGUUGACAUGAAGUGCACCUGUGUGUGUGUGUGCCUGUCCAUGUUUGGA